AUGGAUGGUUCAUCGACUGUUCCUGCAAACACCGUUUAUGUUGGAAAUGUUGACCCAAAGGUCUCUAAAGAACUUCUUUAUGAACUUUUUCUACAAAUAGGUCCUGUGGCCAAAAUACGAUAUCCUAAAGACAAAGUUCUUCAAACUCAUCAAGGCUUUGCUUUCGUGGAGUUCAACAGUCCCCAAGAUGCCGAGUAUGCCAGCAAAUGCUUGAAUAAUACCGUACGACUAUAUGACAGGACUUUGAAGGUGCGAAAGGCCAAUGGAGCCAGCAGCUCACCCACAAGCCAAAAUGCGUUAGAUGUUGGCGCCAAGCUUUUUAUCAAGAACAUCGACGAGUUAGUGGACAGCGAAAUGCUUACGAAGAUCUUUGGAAAAUUUGGCUCACUUGUUAGGCCGCCUGAGAUAUUCACAUUAAAACAGGGCCUUCUGAGAUGUGCCUAUAUAUGCUAUUCGACAUUUGAACACUCGGAUGCGGCUUUAGAGAAGCUCAACAACCAAAUGGUUAUGAACAAAUGUAUCUCUAUUGAUUAUGCAUACAAAGAGGGCAGUAAAACUGAAAAGCAUGGCGAUGAGGUUGAGAGGCUGCUUGACGAAGAAGCCAAGAGACACUCGGUUAAACCAACUUAA